ACAAACAAAGCACGGAUCAAAGGUCAGUGAAUGUGAGUCAACGAUAAACGUGAUUAAUAGCUUGACACUAUCAACAACCGAAUCUACACAAAUGGGAACAACUUAAACACACACACAAGUAGAAGAAACAUCAGGAUUCUCUAAAUGACUGUGUCGUAUUAUUAUUGGUAUCUUAUACUACUUAUUUAUUAAUACUAGUAGUAUUAUUGAAGUCAUUAUGAGCCCUGGCCUCCUUCAGACCACGUCCUCCGCUCUGUUUCGGGCUCUUACUGCAGACGGACAUGAGUGAGAAUAGAAAGUGACAGGAGACAGACGGCAGAGGUGACAGAUUAUCUGCUCGUCCUCCUGCUCCGAAUCCCUAAACUCUGCACUGGAGCUCGGCCCAAAGGCUUUGGGAGCCGUCCAUGUGUGCCAGUGGAGCAGCGGGAUCAGCAGACGACGCAGGGAGAGUCCCCGAAGACGAGAAGGAGGCGACGCGUGACGGAACGCACGAGAAGCUCUCAAUUACUGUCAGAGCAGCGUUUGUGGAAGGACGUGAAUGAGGUGCGACGUUUCACUGCAGCGCUUCCGCUUCGGUACCUGGCCUCACAGACGUGCAGGCUGCACUGGUCGGCACUGGUUUCACUUCCUGAUGGUUGACAGGCCGCGUGUGCAGAAUCCCGCAGAUCAGCGCUCGCGCCGCUUCUAAGACACUUAAUCUGCUCAAUGAGAUUGGGAGCGUCCACGCAGACACGAGGCCCUGAGGGGAAAAGCCACCGGCCCAUAUGGCCCAUAUGGCCCAUCUGGACCACCCGGACCAUCUGGCCGACGGCACCAGUGACGGUAAACCGUUCGCUCCUGAUGAUAAGAGGAUGAAGCCUCGCGGCCAGUGUUCGCUCUGAGACCACGCGGGACGGACGCUCGCGGCCGCUGCUGCUUCUCACCGUCGGCCGAAGGGGAACCAUGUACCGCUCACCUCCUCUGCACAUCAAGGAGCUGGUGGCUCUGUAUGGCAGCCGCUGCUCCGCUGGAGACGAGGACGGCACCAGCGAGGACUCCGAGAGCGGCGAGGAGGCGAGAGGCGGCGGAGGCGUGCGCAGCUGCGUGUCCCUGGAAAUCCACGGGCUGCAGAGGGAGGCGCGCGUGUCCUUCUCCAACCAGGAGUACUACCGGAGGCUGGAGGAGCUGAAGAGCACCCACCUGAGGAACAUGGCCGAGCUGGAGAGGCUGUACGUCAGCCAGCGGCGCGCAGAGGGGGACGAGCUGGGGAGAAACAGAGAGGCGGCGAGGAAGCUGCAGAGAAUCAACUCCCAGGAGGAGCUGGACUUCCACGAAACGUCGAGCGGUUCCGACCAAUCCGAGCUCUGCGGGGAGGACCGCAUGGGGGACCUGGAGCUGGACAACCCCGGGAGGACCCUUGGCCAGAACCGGACCUUCACGAGAGACGUCCUGUUGGGCCCAGACGGGGAACGAACCCAGAGGCACUUUGGGUUCCGGCCAAAGGCCACGUCCCGUCAGGCUGGGGUCGGGGUCUGGUCCAGCUCCAAGGUCACGGUGCCCAAACCCUUCAAGAUGAUGCUGCGGGAGGAGGAGAGGAAGAAGCGGCGGGUGCGGACGCGUUCGGAGGUGGAGCUGGAGAACUCGCUGCUGAGACGGGAGCUGGAGGAGCUCCGAGAGUGUCAGAACCGCUUCAGGGCGUCGCCCGCCCCGGCCCACACGCGCCUGCCGCUCUACCAGCUGAUCAGCUGCCGGCCCAGCCAGCGGCCCGACUGGACCGGCAGCCGCCGGGGCGACCGCGGCACCAGAACCGCUCCCCCGCAGCCGUUCCACUUCCUGGAGCGAGAACGGAAGAAGAGGGAGGCCAGGAUCGAGGCGGAGCUGGGAAACCUCGGCCGCGGAGACGAGCGCCGGGCCUUCCGGGCCCGGCCCGUGCCCGGCUCGGUCCACGGCAAACGGCACAGAACCAGGUCCGAGACCGGUCCGCGGCCUGCGCCUCCGCCCGUGUCAGCGCUGGAGAGGGAGGCGACGGAGGGACAAAGCGACCAGAACUCGGACCCGGAGCCGGACGCGGCCCAAACGGACCCCUGUGCCGCCCCCCGUGGGUCGGGGAGGGGUCCGUCCACCAAGCCUGUGAAGAAGCAGAUAGAGCUGUCCAUCGAGAUGGUCCAGGAGAGCGAGUGGUCCGUCAGCCCAGUCUGAGCCCCUGACGGCGCCGCGUCCACGGCAGAGAAACAGAAGCUCUGAGGCCACAACUCACUCCCUGAUGUUCCUCAUGUGAAGGAACGAAGAAGAAGCUGUUCCGCACACGAACCCACUUUAACUAAUACAAAAUAGAAAUAGAUACUGUUUGAAUGUGACGAUUAUGAUAUGAUAAUGUCUUUCUAAGCACCAAUGCUUUCUUCAUGAGUCAUGUGUUGUAUGUUACUUCCUAAUGUCAGACAGGUUUUCACACAGGAGCUGGAGAACAACAGUGCAAAACAAUAACAGAGGAAAGACCAUAUUUGGUCUGCUCACCAGUGAGCACAUGAAAACCCCCUUCAAACAUCUAGAGCUGACUAAUCACUCUGACUUGUCAAUCAUUCAUUCAUUUUUAGCCCCUUAGCUGGAUGUUAACAUAAUAAAAUAAAAACAAACUUAAAGAGUGA